AUGGAGGAUAUCCAACGUCGAGAUGUACAUCGUAUUGAACAAGGACAAAGUCACGUGGAAGAUUUACAUUUGGAUCGUGUAGUGUCUUCACAACCUGAGAUUGGACCUACGCCACCAGACGGAGGCUAUGGAUGGCUGAUAGUUGUAUCAGCAAUAAUAUACCAUAUAACAGUGCCUACAGUGCUUUCUUUAUACGGCCUGAUAAUACUAAAGGCGAUAAAGGAAUUGGACCACGACGAAAACGAACCGUUGCAAAUAUGGGACGUCGAUGUCGCUUUAGUGCCAGUGAUUAUGGUGGUGAUGAGGCUUUUAUUGGAGUCAUGGUGCAGGGCGAUGGUAAAGGUGUUCAAUAUGCCAAGAUUCAUGGCGCUAGCUGGUCUUUGUUUGACAGUUGCGGGCGUUCUGCUCUCUAGUUACACAAUUGAUACUCGAUCCAAUGACCACAUUAUUAGUGUAUUCUCUGGGAUGUUCCUAGGUACUGGGUGCGCAUUAACGGGGCAACAAACAGAAAUGAUAAUAACCCACUACUUCAGAGAUAAGCUGACUAUGGUUCAGCGACUUAUUAGAAUGGCACCGUCGAUAGGAAAUUGCUUGACACCUAUCAUAGUCGGAUACCUAUGCACUCAAUACACGGGUGACAUCGUAAUUAUGAUUUAUGGAGCUAUUCUAAUGCAGAACUGUCUUUUCUUAGCUUCCUACACCCGGCCCGUAUACAUAGUAAAUAUUAUAAGAACAACGUAUAACAUGUUAAGAGAUGGUGGCGAAGAUGACGAUGAAGUUAUAUUUUCAAAGCAGAAUAGAGUUAAUGAAAAAGGGCAGAGAACAAACGAACAGUCGCAAAGCAAUGAAAUGCCGAACGCUACUCAAGAUGAAGAUGCUGACAUAGUUGUUUAUAAUUCGAGGAACAACGCAAAAGAAAUCAUCGAUCCUUCUAUUCAACAAAGAGAAAACAAUCUUGCAAUUGUUAACGAAAAUAGGUUUUCAACAGAUUUCAGCUCUAUGUUCGCAGAUAAUCCAUCAACUAGUAACCGAUUUUCUUCUGAUUUUGGUACUUUUGAUGUCGUUUGUUCCAAUAGAAUAAAAUAUCAGGAACUGCAAAAUAUAGAUAGGGUAAAUUCUAAUCCUCAACCUUUGUAUAGAGAAACCACAGUCGAUGCUCCGCAAAAUUUAGUCUUUACAAAUGAUAUGACACCUGGUACUGCAAGAAGAACUGCCAGUAUAAAGAAAAACUUGAUAACUGUAUGGAGUAUGCUCCAGGAUAUAAACUUCUAUAUGUACGCUCUCUUAAAUUUAUGUACAUCGUUCUCGAUAUUAAUUUUAGGAGUGGGAUUCCCUUCAUUGAUGUGGGAACUGAAUCCUUCAAUGAACAUUUGGGCGGUUGCAUUGGCGACAGCAAUUGCACAUGGAGGAGCCCUAUGCUUCAUAGCAUUUUGCAUAAUGAUGCCGAAAUCUUUCAACGGAAAGGCUAGGCUCUGUGCGGCCUUUUGCAUAACCGGUUCUUUUGGAUUUAGCGGUAUUCUUCUAUCUACCAGCAAAAGCAUGUUAGUUAUCUUCUGCAUGUUAGCAAGCUUCGCAACAGCCGCAUCCAGCAUCCUCCAACAACCUUUCUAUAUCAGUACUCUAAACGAUUUCAACACAACGGCGACUAUGACUACUUCAAACGCUAUAGCGGCCAUUAGUAUUAUGAUUUGGUCCAUAGUAUAUAAUUAUACUUUUAAGACGUGCUUUUUGACUGCUGGUGGGCUUCAGGUUGUGACCGCUUGUGUGUUUUAUUUGUUAUCUUUUGGAAGACAAAGAUAGGCAGUAUUGGCACUUGUUCUCCAAAUCAGUAAUACUUUAAAUCUUGCUUUUGCAUAUCAGUAUUUUGACAACCUCGACGGUCCGUCGGUUAGGACCGUGGGCGCUUGUUGAGGUUCUGGGUUCCCGGCAGAACCAAUUUAUCAAACGAUCUUUUCUAAAUUGCUUCUGGUCUCAGUUCUCUGGUUAAAACCUCUGAAGUUUAUUUCAUAAUUCUCACAUAGUACAAGGAGUCCCUAGUUUGAGACUAGGUAAUCGGUGUGAUCGUUUGACACAUUAUUAAUAGAGGCUCAGGAGCACUUCAAGCUUGAAAUUCAAGGUUAAAAUUCAACUCUAAGCUGCUUAUAAGAACGAUCGAAAAUCCUGUCAGGCUGAUGUCGUCAUGACUGCGCAAUCUAAGUGAAUUAAUAUUUUAUACGUAAGAUGAUUUUAAAUUAUUUUUUUUGUAAUUUUGUCGUGCUAAGAUUUAUUUCUAACUUUUUAUAGCUCUAAAGUUUUAAACGCCUAAUAAAUUGUAUUAUGAUAUAUUGACGCCUCAUUCUUAAUUCCAGGGAUAAAUAAAAAUCACUUCUCAUUCGUUUUCUGACUUCACUUUAUUGUGUUACAAGAGAUCAAUUCACCUAUUAUGUCUAGUUAAUGUUACGUAGUCAGCAAUAUGUAUUUUCUUACACAAAACUGCGCUAAACCUACACAGUUAAUUCUAAAGUGCAUCACCCAUUUAUAUACAUACUCUGUACGUUUGUAGAUAAACUAUGUAUAAAUGAAGUCCUACUUUACUUGAUUGAUAUACCGAUACGAGGUUAUAUUGAAAGUUUUUAAUAGGAAACAUUUACUUUUAGGGUGCCUUCAAAUUAAUAAUAAUAAAUUACGAAUAAAUUACGCUUAUAGCAGUGGCGCCACUAAUUUCAUACAAUAUUUAGAAGCGCAGUUGUAGCGCCACCACAGAACAAUAAGUACAGUACAAGUGCUUAGUUUGCGUGGCACGUAUGCCAACAGUUCGCGGGGUUCCACAAAUUUGAGGUCAGUUCGCCAUUUUCGUUACGGUCGUGUCAAUUGGAGCACAUGCACACGGCAUAUUUUUAUAUAAACACGCGCUGUAAACGCGCGAUGUACCGCGCAUUUUGAUAAAAGAUAGCUGUUUUAAUAUCAGGCUUGUUUGUUAAUUUCAGUUAAUUUUUGAA